AUCAUGAGAACAUAAAAUGAAGCUCUGAGAGAGCAAGUCAUUCGAUAUGAGGUUUUGUUUAGUCAUAACGGUGACAUCUUUAUCGUUGGCGUCUUCGCAAUUUCCAGAUUAUAGCCCCAUUUGUUCCAAAGAUGGAUUUACUGUCUAUGAUAGCGAGAUUGUAUUGGAAGCAGUAAAUGGCGAACGAGAAAACUUGAGAAAGGGAACUCGGCAAAACGGUCCCAAUGGAGAUAACUUACCUGCAGCAUGGGACAUGAAGACAUUGAAAUGGAAUUGUGAGCUGGAACAGCUAGCCAGGAAUGCUGUAAAGGGAUGUCCUGAAAGUAUUCAAGAGAUUGAUAGUGCUAAGCGACCACAGGGCAAAGCGGAAAUUUUUACCUAUUAUAAGGAUACGAGUGAUACGUCUAUGGCUCCACCACUCAUGAAUAACAUUCACGCAUUGAUUAGUCGUGAUAGCAUCACGCGCGAGGGAUUCAAGGAGAUUAGUGAAAACGGGAUCAAGUACAAUGAUGAGACAAAUCUUGCAAAUUAUGCAAAUCUUGUCAGAGCGAGCACGACCGAAAUAGGAUGCGCGGAAGGGGAUUGUAGCGGUUUAACAGAUGCUCUAUACUGCAUCACUAACCAACCGCCACUUGCUGCAGGCGACUACGUCAGCGGACAAGCAUGUAUUCUACCCGCAAAGGAUAAAGCAGAUAUUCUUUCGACGAUAGAACGUUAUAGAGGAAAGCUAGAAAAUGGAACGCAACAAAACGGCCCCAAUGGGGACACAUUACCAGCUGCUUUAGGAAUGCAAACCCUGAAUUGGAGUUGCGAACUGGAAAAGCAAGCUAGAAUUGCUUUGAAUGAUCAGUGCCCGAAAGGUGAUGAUGUCGCAGAUUUUGCCAAUGCAGUAAAAGACAAAGCAGGAAUCUUUCAAACGAAAAACGUGGACACCGACAACGAGGAAACAAACUCCAUAACAGAAGUAUUGGAAUCGUUUCUAAACAGCAUAAACAAUGAAUCACUAACAGAUAUAAGCGCCGGGAUUAAGUAUAGUGGAGAAAUGAACUUAAGAGGAUAUGCUGAUCUCGUAAGGGCGAAUACGACUGAGAUAGCCUGCGCGAAAACAAUAUGCAAUGAUUCAGACUCUUCUGACAACGUGUAUUCAGUGUACUGUAUAACCAACACAGCGCCACUCAAGAAUGGAGAACUCAUAUAUGAAACACUGGGGACUACAACCACUAACUCUACAAUGACUACCACCACUAACUCUGCAAUAACUACAACCACUAACUCCACAAUAACGAUGACAACCACGAUGACGACAACGACAACCAAAAAGCCAAAACUCUCGACUACGCCUUGUCCAACAGCAUCUACUAUGAGAAAAGUACCAAGAACCACGACUCCUUGCCCUACACUACCUAGGAGCGCUAGAGCUAGAAGAAAAGCUAGAGAAGUCUUCAAUUUGAUAAAGGAAAAGGCGCUUUUCCCUGAAGCUGAACUAGAAGACAAAGAAAUUUGUCCUGACAGUUUCAUGACAGACAGGCUAAGGAUACGCUUUCUUGAAAUGCACAAUUAUCGCAGGGCAUUGGUCGCACUUGGGAAGAUAAGUUUCAAGGGGAAGUCUCUACCGCAAGCUCAGAACAUGCAAAAAUUGAGAUACGAUUGCAAAUUAGAAGAGAAAGCAGCGCAUUACGCUAGCCAAUGUCCAGAAAGAAGUUUUCGUGGAAGUUCCAUCAAAGAAAUUGGGGAGAAUUUUCUAAGAAUCGGAGAUAGUGUUGGAGACUUUGAGGAAGCAGUUAACGCUACUGUUAGCAUAUGGUGGGCAGGUGCUAGAAGAUUUGGUGCAAUCGAUCCUUCGAUGUUGCUAAAAUCCCGUAAUUUUGGCCCUCGCAUACUCUCCUUUACCCAGAUGGCUUGGGCAACGACUCGAUACAUCGGCUGCUCUAUCGUCAAGUGUUCGUCCUCAUAUGUAUCAGUUUGCAGGUAUCAACCAAGG